AUGAAUUACAUUUUAGUGGAGCAAGAUGAAAGACUUUAACUAUUGAUAAGUAUCGUGAAGAGAAUUAAAUCCAAUACUGUCGUAGUCUUCUCUGAAAAUUAAAUCAAUUUUUUGUAAGAGCUCUUUAUCUUAAUGGGAAUAAAAACUAAUUUCAGGACGUACUAACAACCAGCUAAUCAAUCAUUGUAAAUUUACUAUGAUCCCCCUUUGACAGAAGUGAAGAGUGGCUUAGUCUUUGUUCUGCCAGAAGAGAAGAUACCUAAUUGUACUGAAAGCAAGUUGGAGAAGAAUAAAUAGGAAUAAUUCGCAACUCAGGAAGUUAUGAAAUUGGUUUCUAGCAACUAUAAUCUUAAUUGUCUAGCUGAUAAGGCAUACAAAGAUUUUGUCUAUACUUAUCAACAUAAAUUAGAUCAACAGAAUUAUGAUGUCUUGAAAUUGAAUCCCAUGAGAUUGUGUAAAUCCUUUGGGUUUGAAGUCACUCCCAAAUUGAAUAAUUUCAAAUUAAGACCAAGUAAGGAAUAUCCACAAAAAUAGACCAAGACCAAUUAAACCAAAUCUAAAAAAAUCAAAAAGCAAUCUAAAAUUGUUAAUAAAAAAGUUAGUAAUACAAAAGUUAAUACAAAAAAACAUAAAAAUUGA